AUGAAUCAGUUGCUGUUUGACAGAUCAACGGGCAAUCUCAGUCCUCGGGGAUUUGCCCGUAUACAAACCUCGCAACUGAUCCAAUCCAUCCAACUUGCCCCGAGACUGAAAUUUAAUGGUGGCGAAAAGGAGAUAGCAUCUGUUCAAGGUGCCCAAGGUGAUGGCUCUCGGCUAGUGUCUCUUCAGCCUGAAGAGGUAGCUGGGUCUAAUAAGAUAUGGGCCCAUCAGUCUGGAGUCAACGCUCUGGCAAUAGAUGUUGAGAACCGACUUCUUAUUUCAGGAGGUUCGGACUCCAGCAUAAAACUUUGGAACCUUGAUGAGCAUGUACCGUGGUCAAACCACACAUUCAAGCCCUUCCAAACCGUUCCUAGAACUUCUUUAACCCACAAAUUUGGCAUCACUCAGCUAAGCUUUUAUCCUUUUGACUCUGGGGCGUUCCUUUCUACUUCGUAUGAUCACCACUUGAAGCUGUACGCAACAGACACACUUUCUGUAAGCGCACAGUUCGACCUGAAUUCUAUCGUUUACAACCAUGCGCUUUCUCCCAUAGCAAACCACCUGCUCGUUGCCUGUGCAACCCAGCAUCCAGCUGUCAGGCUUGUUGAUCUUCGUUCCGGCUCAAGUAUUCAUUCGCUGGCUGGGCAUCACGGGGCUUUGCUAUCUCUCUCGUGGAGUCCGACUAUUGAACAUGUUCUAGCCAGCGCAGGUAUAGAUGGGACCGUCCGUCUAUGGGACAUUCGCAAGAGCUCAGGGGCGUUAGGUGUAUUGGACAUGGAGGACUCGACGGGUAUCACUGAUACUGACGGGAUGGGAGGAGGCGAUCGAUCCAGAGAAUCCGGCAAAUCCCAUUCCGCCGCUGUAAAUGGUCUCACUUGGACAGGCGAUGGCUCUUAUAUCAUCUCAGCCGGUCAUGACAAUCGCGUUAGAGUCUGGGAUGCAGCUACAGGAGCCAACACACUUGCAAGUUUUGGGCCAACGCUGAAGAAUGGUCAUCUCUCGAAUCUUCCGUUGGUUGUGAGCCCUACUGGAUCCACUGAGCCCAGGAAAGAAGUCCUUUUCUAUCCAAAUGAAAAGGAACUUCUCAUGUUCGAGUUACAUGAGGGCCGCCUUUCUAAGCGUUGCCGUGUUCCAGGUCCAAAUAUAGCAGCCGUUAGGUCGAGGACAGGAGAGAGAAACGUCAAAAGCAGGAUCACAGGACUGGUCUUCAGAGGCCAAGCAGGUGGCAUUUACUCUGCCCACACAGAUGGACAGAUCCGUGCUUGGCUGCCUCGAAGUCGGGAAGAUGAUGAACUGGACGAAGAAGAGGAACUGGAACGAAGUUAUGAAAACAACGAUGAGAUGACGAAAAAGAAGCGAAAAGUCCUGGAUGAAAUUUUCAGGGAUUUGACGAAACAGAAGAUAACUUUCGGAUGA